AUGGCAGAUAUAGAUGUGGAAAAGGUACUCUCGGAGUUGACACUAGAGGAAAAGGUCUCUCUUACCGCUGGCAGAGACUUCUGGCAUACAGUUCCUAUCCCUCGACUUGGCGUUCCAGCUAUACGUACAUCCGACGGACCCAACGGUGUCCGGGGUACUCGUUUCUUCAAUGGCACACCAGCAGGAUGUCUUCCAUGUGCGACGGCGCUUGGAGCAACCUUUGACGUUGAUUUGCUCCGCUCAAUUGGCAGAUUCUUGGGGCAAGAGGCCAAGGCCAAGGGUGCACAUGUUCUAUUGGGACCCACAGUUAACAUUCAACGUUCCCCACUCGGAGGUCGUGGCUACGAAUCAUUUUCCGAGGAUCCUUUUUUAUCGGGAACACUGGCCGGCGAGUACUGUAAGGGAGUACACGAAGAGGAGAUCAUUACGACGCCGAAACACUUUGUUUGCAAUGAUCAAGAGCAUGAACGGUUGGCAGUAGAUAGUAUCGUUACCGAUAGGGCACUGCGGGAAAUUUACCUUAUGCCUUUCAUGCUGGCUAUCAAAAAUGCCAGACCUAAGGCUGUCAUGACUGCUUAUAACAAAGUCAAUGGGACACAUGCUGCUGAAAAUCCCAAGGUUCUUGACAUACUACGGAAAGACUGGGGCUGGGAAGGGCUGCUGAUGAGUGACUGGUGA